AUGCGACAGAGACUAGCCCUUCAACUUCGAGAUGAACUUUUGUGGGAACAGGAUUCCGACAAUAAACGCUGCGUUAUGUCCAAGCAAAGCUGCUUAGAAGCAUUUAUUUGGGGCCAGAAAGAGUCAGCAGAGGGCGACAAUAAUACAACGUUUACACACCAGACUCGUGCAGAAAUUCCUGUUUUACUGGCUCGUUCGAUGCUCCAUCUUUACAAUACUCAAUGGUUUCAGCACCUGUGGGACAUGGACCGACUAAUAUUAUGCAAUGAGGUACAUCAAAUACCCUCUGGCCAGUACUCACACCCAUACCUCGCAAGUACUCUAUCGAUGGCUGGCGGUACCGUGAAUCCUACAAAUCUAUUCGUACCUGAAGAGGAUAGUUGUGACCCAUUAUACCGCCAUGCACUUGUAUUGGGUUUUGGUUUAAGACUACUGGAAAUCGAGAGUGGGACACGCUUUCCUCCUACCGACGAUGACAUUGAUCCUGAACACGAGGAAAAAGGCGCCCUCCCUUAUCUGACGCUACAACGCGCUCUAAGUGAGCUUGAAGGCAAAGGCCAGGUUGAAGAUGACUAUUUGAAAAUCGCCAAGGCGUGCCUAGGGUUCCACGCUACUUUGAAGCAGAAACGUUUUUGUGACGUCGAUCCUAGCAUCCGAGAACUUGUCGCCAUUCAUAAUAUUGUUUUUUCGCCACUGCUACAGCUUUUAGCUCAGAAGUUUAGGGGGGCUGCAGCCGACCUCCUCGAACUAGAGGCGGGGAUUAGAAAUAUGAGGCUUAAGAGUGAAAAAUCUAACCACAAGAAGGCAGAAAGCUGUACACUUAUGAAACCACCCCCACGUCCACCUGCCAUGAAGAUGGCUGCCCCGGAAGCUCCUCGGCUACCGGACAGCGACUACGGCUGCGAAAAUGUCAUAGGCGACGACAGGGCAUUUAAAAGCUUAACCGACGGUCAAUGGAACAGCCUGCAGUCUACCUCACUCCUAGAGGCUAAUUUUUGCAUUGAUAAGAGAGACAAUAAUGUUCAAUCGGUCGUGCAACUAAGCACCACUGGUUUGGAAGUCAAUGCCGAACUUUGGGUCCGAGAUAACGAUAUCAAAAAGCCCAACGCCCAGCCCCAAACGGAAGGAGGUACCAUGGCAUAUGAGGCUAGUGAGCGUUCCUAUGACAAUUGGUGGCAAAGAUUAGACACACUCAACGGGUUAUUACGCGCGCGGAGUGUCGAGAAGGAUACUAGUUAUAACCACCAAAAGGUCAAAAUCGCAGUAUUAGAUACCGGAAUUUCCCCAAAGCACCCCUACGCCGACGAAAUGGCGGAGGGUAUGUACAAAGAUUUUGUAGACAAUAAUUGUGCACGAAAACAAGAUACGAAUGGGCAUGGCACAGAAACACUGAAUCUUAUUUUCAAGGCCUUCGAAACCCCAGAAGUCUAUGUCGCUCGUGUUUUCAGGAAUCAAGAGGCUGACUUAAACACACCGGAACAUGUCGCCAAGGCUAUCGAGUGGGCCCAGCAGAAAAAAGUCGAUAUCAUCGUCAUGGCUCUUGGAUUCCCCCGAUCCGAUGAAUCAAUAGAAAAUGCCAUCAAUAUAGCUGCAGCGGAGCAUAUAUUGUUUUUCGCAGCAGCAGGGAACUGGGGUGGACAAGACAAGGUAGCAUUUCCAGCUCGAUUGGACAAUGUCAUAUGUUUCUUUUCCACAACUCCCGAGAACAAAAACUUGAGCAGUAUAAACCCCCCUCACAACCACCGAAAGGCACAUAAUUUCGCGAUCCUUGGGGAGGAAAUCAAGGUACCUACAGUAUCCGGACAGCCAGUACGAACCAUCAGAGGAACCUCGAUUUCAUGCGCUAUUGCGGCUGGAGUAGCUGGUAGCCUACUUGACUUCUCACGGCAACCGAUUUGUCGUGAUGAUCACCGCCUCCGUAAUCUCAAGCGGAGGCGCGAGAUGAGCGCCGUGUUUGAGGAGCUAUCGAAAGAUUCGAGAGACGGCAAAUAUGACUGCGUUGCUCCUUGGAAGUUGUUGGAGGGUACACAGGGUAAUCCCGACCGCGAAUCAAAGAGAAGAAAGAUUUGUGAUAGCUUGUCAAGAGCAGUAGAAAACUGUCAGUAG